CCCCACCGAAUGAAUUCCGUGAUUUCUUUGAUAGAAGCCCAGCGGGUCUGUGUGUGUGUGUGUUCUUUCAUGGAAGGGUGGCUGAGUUGCUAUUAUUAUUUUUGGGGAGAGAGAACACAAAAUAUCGGUCAAGAUCGCCCCCCCCUCCCCUACUUUCUGCAGUGGAAAAAGGUACUUUGCAAGGUGUUGAGGGCUUGGCAAGUAACAAUAGCCCAAUGAAUGUUGCAGAUAUAAAUGCACAGUCCUAUUUCUGCCGUUCCUUUGGACAAAGCUCCCAAAGACACUAUUACAACAACAGGACAAGCGCAUGGUCUGAACGUCACUCCCGAGGAACUGGAAUCACUACGUCAAGCAUUCCGGAUCUUUGACGUUCGAGGGGCCGGCACAAUCACAUUAACUGAUUUUGGCAAGAUUAUCGAGAAUCUGAAUAUCGCAACCGACACUGCUGAAAUCCAGUCUAUUGCACAUGCCGUCGAUUUAAACAAUGACAAUCUCAUUGACUUUGAGGAAUUCGCCACGGCCAUGAUUCGCCACUUGACCCCAGACGGUACUCUUGUUACUAGUAGCAGUAAACAACCUGUUGUCGCUUUUACCGAAGAACCACAAAGUUAUCAUCACCCUUCGAUGGAAAGCGCCCUCAAGUCCUCCACACCAUCCAACUUUUCGAAACGCACCAAGAAUGGCAGCAAACGGAUCAGUUUCUACGACGAUAUGGAACUUGUGCAGUGUUUCCAGGCAUUUGACAAGAACCGCGACGGACUGAUCAGCAAAAAGGAGCUCGAGGACGUCAUGAUCAGUCUGGGCGAGCAUUUGACGCUGCACGAGAUCAAGGCCAUGAUGGACGAUGCGGAUACGAACGGCGAUGGUUUUAUUGAUUUUGAUGAGUUCAAGAACCUUUUACCCAAGUGAUCGUUCCCAAACCGCCCUUGCUUUUUAGAUUACCAUUGUUAUACUAUUAUACUACUACUUAUCAUACACUUCUUUUCCUUUCCUCCCCCCAGCCACCCAUUCAAUUCAAUUCAUUCAUUCAUUCAUUCAUUUACACCCAUACACACCACAGAACAACAAGC